CCCCCUCUUGUUAAGCGAUCCAAGGCUAACCGUAGAUAAUACAUUUGUUUUGAUUUGUUUUUUCCAAGAAAACUGUUUUAAUUUGUUCAUAUGUUUUAUGGCUGAGAUAUAUUAGGAACAUGGGAAGCUUAAUUGAGAGGUACAAGGGUAGCAACACAGAAGCACAAGCUGAAAGUAGCAACCAGAACAAACCUCAGGUAAUACAACAAGAGGUACUGCUCUUGAGGCAAGAAAUUGACUUACUUCAGAAGGGCUUAAGGUACAUGUAUGGAGAGAAAGAUAUAAACCACAUGAAUCUUGAUGAGCUGCAAGCCCUGGAGAGUAAUCUUGAAAUCUGGGUACACAACGUUCGCUCUACAAAGAUGCAGAUCAUAUCUAGGGAGAUUGAGAUGCUCAAGAACAAGGAGGGUAUACUGAAGGCUGCCAAUGACAUGCUUCAAGAAAGGAUAAUUGAGCAGAGCGGGAUUCUGGGUACCAGCAGCGACACGCUGAUUCCGCAAUUCCCCUUCCACAGAAACAUGGAGAGUGACUACUACUUCUAGCCUAAACAGCCGACCUAUCAAGUUAUGUCGUUAUCUUCUGAUUUGAGUCCAACAAGGCUACCUUGCGUCAGUCACUUCAUGUCGUACAAAGGAAAAAAGGAAAAUCAGCAUCUGUAUCUGUACAUGCUUUUACAUAUGUAAAUUCACCAUCUUCCAGAUUUGGCAGUCAGUACACUACAAUAUCUGGUUCA